GUAUCAUUAGUGUAAAUACAAAAUUGAUGUGCACCACAUGAUCAACUUUUCCGCUGCACUUGUAGAAAAGCAGGACAUGGGCGAGUCUGUAGUGUUUCCAAGCAAUCCGGCGCCACUAGACGGUGCGGCGGCGGACGAUAUCACGCCGACGUCGCUCCUCCCGCGUCUUCGCAAGAAAGGCUACAAGUUUUCUUGUGCGUGACCGACAGGAGCAGUUAACGAGGCGUUAGAUAACGCUCAUCGAUUGAUUUGGUUUGACUGGUUUGGCGCAAUUACUGAUACGGUGAUGCUGUUGUCGUUGUGCGCAUUUGCUGCGUAGCCUACGCCCGAGAAGAUCACGGGAAUGCCCUCUACUGUGUCACGUUCUGUGAUGUCCUGCCCAUCUACGAGCGCAUGUUUGCUGUGGCUGGUGGCAACCGAUUGACGGUGUACGAGUGCCUGGAGAAUGGAGGACUAGACGUGAUCCAGGUGUAUUGCGACGGCGAUCAGGAGGAGCAGUAUUUUACGGCGGCGUGGACUGUCGACGUACUUACCGGCUCACCACUGCUCGCGGCUGCGGGCUUCCGCGGCCACAUUAAGGUGAUCAACUGCAUCACUCAGUCAGUGGUGAUUGUACUGUCUGGACACGGUAACUCAGUCAACGAACUGAAAUUCCACCCGGUCGACCCCAGCCUACUGCUCUCGGCUGGCAAGGACGAGUCUAUUCGUCUUUGGAACUCGCUCACGGGCGUGUGUGUUGCGAUUUUUGCCGGUCACAUGGGCCACCGUGACGACGUGCUGAGCCUGGAUAUCCACUUGAAGGGCUCGUGCUUUGUGUCGUCCGGUAUGGACAACACGGUCAAGAUUUGGGACUUGGAGGACGAGGUCGUCCAGACAGCCAUCAAGAAAUCAUACACGGAGCCUCGCCCGAAGGACCGUCCGUUUGACACCAAGUUCAUUCAGUUCCCAGCGUUCUGCACCAGCAAGGUGCACGCAGAUUAUGUGGACUGCGUGCGUAUGGUGGGCGACUUGAUCUUGUCCAAGUCGACGGGCAACAAGGUGAUCUUCUGGAAGCCUAACCCGUCGCGAGGGAAGGACGCUGUGAUGGUGCUGCGUGAGUAUCACUACAAGGAUGCGGAUCUGUGGUUCAUGAAGUUCGGCCUCGAUUCGCAACUGGAGGUCAUGGCCGUGGGCAACAAGAAGGGCGUUGUAAGCGUCUUUGACCUGGACGCCGAGCAGGAGCGCUCGGUCUGCAAGCUGACACACAACAGCUGCAAGAGCACGGUGCGCCAAGUGUGUUUCAGCAAGAGCGGCCGCACUAUCAUCACCUGCUCGGACGACGCGACGGUCUGGCGCUGGGAUCUGCACUAAGGAAGUCGCUGGAGGUUGCGGGGCUUGGCAAACAUGUUCUGUCGAUUUAUUACCAAUACAAGUCGUACCUUUCUGAUCAAAUGAAAGCAAUUUCAAAUUCAAAAGCGGGAACUGUACCGUAUCGACCCGUUUAUUUCCAAUACAAAGGCCCA